AGCCUUGAAAAUUCCGUAAACUUCUCUAACCUUCUAGACUUUGUACCCUUCUCACUCCACAACUACUAUACUUCCAUAGUUCCACUCAAUUCAAUUCAUCAUAGUUUUCAUUCCCUCAAAAAAAUUCAAAAAAUAAAAUAAAAGAAAACAUUUCCUAUGGCAACACUUUCUCCAAUAGUAUUUUCUUACUCUCCCUUCAACACCUCCAAUUCCAAAACAAUCACACUAACAAAUAACAAAAACUUCAAUUUCAUUUCACCACUUCAUUAUUACACUUCCAAAAGACUCAAAACCACUUCCUUCAACUACUUCAAAUCAUUUUCAUCCCUCAAAGACCAAACCCAGACCAAAAUAGAGUCAUCAUCCAAUACAACUUCAGUUUCUAUUGCUCCAAAAAAACAAGACGACGACAACAACAAUGAUCAUGAAGAGAAAGUAGAACAGGAAAUAGAUUGGAAAACGGAUGAGGAGUUUAAGAAGUUUAUGGGGAAUCCUUCAAUUGAAGCUGCAAUUAAGCUUGAGAAGAAGAGGACUGAUAGGAAGUUAAAGGAGCUUGAUAAUGAAAGAAGUAAUAAUAAUUUAAUUAUGGGUAUUUUUAAUAACUUGGUCCGUAGUAAUUUGAUUAGGGAAAAAGAGAGGCUUCAAAAAGCUGAGGAAACUUUCAAGGCUCUUGAUCUCAAUAAGUUAAAGAGUUGCUUUGGGUUUGACACAUUUUUCGCAACGGAUGUUCGAAGAUUUGGCGACGGAGGCAUUUUCAUUGGGAAUUUAAGGAAACCAAUUGAUGAAGUCAUUCCCAAGUUAGAGACGAACUCUGAUGCAGCUGGUAGGGAGGUUGUUUUAUGGUUCAUGGAAGAACAAAAAGAUGACAUUACCAAACAGGUUUGUAUGGUGCAACCCAAAGCAGAAAUGGAUCUCCAAUUUGAGUCAACAAAACUGAGCACUCCAUUAGGCUAUCUAAGUUCAAUUGCAUUAGCAGUUACUACUUUUGGAACAGUUGCUUUGAUGAGUGGCUUCUUCCUUAAACCUGAUGCUACAUUUGAUGAUUAUCUUUCUAACAUUGUGCCUCUAUUUGGUGGCUUCUUAUUUAUUCUUGGAGUUUCUGAGAUAGCAACCAGGUUAACCGCGGCUCGUUAUGGCGUUAAACUCAGCCCUUCAUUUCUGGUGCCAUCAAAUUGGACAGGUUGCUUAGGUGUGAUGAAUAAUUAUGAAUCGCUCCUUCCGAACAAGAAAGCUCUUUUCGAUAUUCCUGUAGCGCGAACUGCUAGUGCGUAUUUAACUUCAUUAGUACUUGCUGUUGCUGCAUUUGUGGCUGAUGGAAGCUUUAAUGGUGGCGAUAAUGCAUUGUACAUAAGGCCUCAGUUUUUCUAUAACAACCCUUUACUUUCUUUUAUCCAAUUAGUCAUUGGACCUUACACUGAUGACCUAGGAAAUGUGUUGCCCUAUGCUGUGGAAGGUGUUGGAGUUCCUGUGGAUCCACUCGCAUUUGCCGGACUUUUAGGGAUGGUGGUGACAUCUUUGAACUUGUUGCCAUGUGGGAGACUAGAAGGAGGGAGAAUUGCUCAAGCCAUGUUUGGAAGAAGAACUGCCACAUUGUUAUCUUUUGGUACUUCAUUGUUGCUUGGUAUUGGUGGUCUUAGUGGUAGUGUUCUAUGUUUGGCUUGGGGAUUGUUUGCAACUUUCUUUAGGGGAGGUGAAGAAAUACCUGCAAAAGAUGAGAUCACUCCUUUAGGGGAAAGUAGAUAUGCUUGGGGUGUUUUGCUUGGUCUUAUUUGUUUUCUCACUCUCUUCCCUAAUAGUGGAGGCACAUUCUCCAAUCCCUUCUUUAGUGAUCCAUUUUUUAGGGGUUAAAAUGUAUGUUAAGGGAGUUUCUUUUCUCACUCCCACAUGCAUUUCAAAAAUAUACUUCUCGA